UUCUCUUUGUAAAGAUGAAUAAUAAGUAUUCUUGUUCGAGUUUAAUUUGGUCAUACUUUCUUCGCUUGUUUUACAGAGUGAAUUCUUUCUGGAUUCAUCUCUGUUACUUCGUAUCUAUCUCUUUUGCAGGAUACUUAGCCUUGAGGUUCCCAAGGCCAAGAACUGCGCCCUCCUUUAGGCCUAAAAGCUUUGAUUUAUUCUUCACUUCUGUCUCUGCACUGACAAAUUCUAGCAUGUCUACCGUCGAAAUGGAGGUUUUCUCUAACUUUCAACUCAUUGUUAUGAUCAUUUUGAUGUCCAUAGGUGGGGAAGUUUUCAUGUCCUGGCUUGAACUUCAUAUAAAAUCCAAAUUUCCUAGAAAAAUAUCCAUUGAAAACAACGAAGUUGAGCUUGGUUUGGCCUCUUUUUCAUGUCCACAAAAUGAGAAUUCCAAUUCCAAUACUAUUUCCUCAGAAAAAAUUAGCAAGCCCCCCUCAAUCGAUAGUUCAAUCAGGAUUUUGUGUUCUGUCAUAUUAGGUUAUCUUUUUGUCGUUCAUGUAGGCGGAAUCAGUAUAUUUUUAUUGUACGUUAGCCUUGUUGGAAAUGCAAAAGAAGUUCUAAAAACCAAAGGUCUUCAACCGCUAACAUUUUCUGUUUUCACAAUCGUUUCCACUUUCUCAAACUGUGGCUUCGUCCCCACAAAUGAAAACAUGAUCGUUUUUAAGAAAAAUUCAGGUCUUCUUUGGAUUCUAAUUCCCCAAAUUCUCCUUGGAAACACAUUGUAUCCAUCUUGCCUGCGACUUGUCAUCUGGGUUUUGAAUAAAAUCACAAGGCGAGAGGAGUUUGAGUACAUGUUGAGGAAUCAGAAAGAGAUGGGCUACCCUCAUUUGUUCUCUAGUGUUCGUUCUUAUUUUCUCGGAGCUACUGUUUUUGGGUUCUUGUUUGUGCAGUUUGUCCUCUUUUGUUCCCUGGAAUGGAAUUCGGAAGCCAUGGAUGGUCUGAAUUUCUACCAGAAAGUGGUUGGUUCAUUAUUUGAAGUGGUUAAUUCGAGGUACACCGGCGAAUCUGUGUUUGAUCUGUCCAUACUUUCUUCAGCAGUGCUGGUGCUCUUUGUUGUUAUGAUGUAUCUCCCACCUUAUACAUCAUUUUCACCAAGAAUAUAUCAAGAAAAGGAUUCGGAAAAUUGGAAACCGAAAGAAAAUGAAAAGAAGGGUUUUGUGGAGAGUCUGAUAUUGUCACAACUUUCCUAUUUAGUCAUGGGAAUCAUCAUAAUCUGCAUGACUGAGAGAGACAAAAUUAAGAACGACCCCCUCAACUUCAAUGUGUUAAACAUCACAUUAGAAGUUAUGAGUGCAUAUGGGAAUGUUGGGUUCUCAACUGGGUACAGUUGUAAACGGCAACUGAAACCUGAAAGCCCCUGCAAAGAUACUUGGUACGGAUUUGUUGGAAGAUGGAGUACCGGAGGAAAAUUAAUGCUCAUUAUAAUCAUGUUCUUUGGAAGGCUAAAGAAAUUCAACAUGAAAGGUGGUAAAUCCUGGAAGCUCUCCUAGCUACUAGCAAGUCUUUAAUUCUCUGGUAUAGAUGUAAUUUGCAACCGGGGAGCAACGUAGUGUAACCUUAAGUUGUUGACUUCUAGCGUUAUUAUAAUAUAAUGUAAUGUAGCUUUUCAGCUUUUUCUUGUGUUGUAGGACUCGGAGAAGAGAUAAUUAUUAAUGUAGUUCUUUAGUUUUCGGAUCAUAGUAGUCUCACAAUGCUCAACUAGUGAAGUCUAAAUUUAGAGUCAAUUAAUGAAACUGCUUCCACAAG